CCCACUUGCUCUGUCCCAUCGCCUCAGUGUUCCACAGUGAACUGAUUUUUUUGGGGAUGAUCUGCUGGUCCCUGUUUUCUCCGCGUUCCCGUCUUGUCUUCUUAGGAAGUCACAAACAGACGCACCAGCAGGAGAUUGGUCCGCUUUUCCCAGCGCGCAAUGAGGCCCCUAGUUCCUCCUCAUGGAGCCGUGACGCGGAGAAGGAGGAGGAGCGCGGUGGCAUAAAAACAGGUCUCCAGUCCGGAUUUCAGACAGAAACACCACAGCAGAGCAACCGAGAGCAUCUCCACUGACCCACAGAGUCUGCUCAGCCGCCUUUUACGCACACCGCCCAGGGUAGAAGGACUUCUUAGCUAUAACAUCAAGAUAUAAUCAUGAUUAAGAAAAUGUCGCCCUCCGAGAGCGAUUUUGACAUCCCAGCAAAGAACUGCUACAGGAUGGUGAUUUUGGGAUCCACCAAAGUUGGGAAGACGGCCAUCGUGUCCCGUUUCCUGAACGGGAGGUUCGACGAGCAGUACACGCCGACCAUCGAGGACUUUCACCGGAAACUGUACAGCAUCAAGGGAGACAACUACCAGCUGGACAUACUGGAUACAUCGGGGAACCACCCUUUCCCUGCCAUGAGGAGGCUAUCCAUACUGACAGGUGACGUGUUCAUCCUCGUCUUCAGCCUGGACAACCGGGACUCCUUCCAGGAGGUGCAGCGGCUCAAGCAGCAGAUCUUCGAGACCAAGUCGUGCCUGAAGAACAAGAUCAAAGAGCACAUCGACGUGCCGCUGGUCAUCUGCGGCAACAAGGGCGACCGGGAGUUUUACCGGGAGGUGCAGCAGGAGGAGAUCGAUCUGCUGGUGGCAGGGGACGAGAAGUGCGCGUACUUCGAGAUCUCCGCCAAGCGCAACGAGAACGUGGAUAAGAUGUUUCAGACUCUGUUUACCUUGGCCAAGCUCCCUCACGAGAUGAGCCCCGACCUCCACCGCAAGGUCUCCGUGCAGUACUGCGACAUGCUGCACAGAAAGUCUCUGAAGAACAAGAAGGUGAAGGACACCGGGGAAGCGUUCGGCAUGGUGACUCCGUGCGCACGGAGACCCAGCGUGCACAGCGACCUCAUGUACAUCAAGGAGAAGGCCAUAGGAGGCGGCCAGGCCAAAGACAAAGAGAGAUGUGUGAUCAGUUAAGCACAGCGGCGAGGCGCACACUCAACGCAAACCUUUUGAAAGUAGAGGGAGCCCGGUCCGGCAGCUUGAGAGGUGACCUGCGCGUCCGGUUGCGCUCGAGCUGACACGGGAGGUGAGGAGACGCCGGGGCCGCCGCGCGCUCUGGCGCAGCGCCGUCUCCAGAGACACCUAACUGGACACACUAGUCCUCUUGAACUGCCCCCCCCCCCCUCCAAAAAAAGAAUAAAGACAUUUGACAAUGUUUGCUUGUCCUGUGAAUCAGAGCCCAGCGCGCGGCGUGGCUUCAUACUUUGUGAGACUCGCACAUCGAUGCGUAAAAAUGUGUUCAGCUGACGUCACGCCUUUUACAGAUGCCAGUGGGGAGAGAAAAGAGACUCUUUGCUCCGGAGGCGCAAUGUUUAGGGGAAAGAAUGUUGUUUACAUCUUAUCAUAUCUUUUAUAAUGGCUAAUAUACUUGAAUGUUUCCUUGCAAUCUGAAGUGUUUUAUUGAUAAUGUAUAUUUAAUGUUUGUUUGUUUUUUUGGCAAAGCAGUUAACCAAAAAUCUUGACAU